AGCGAUCCAAUCCAUCUCCACCGCCAAAGCCUUGACAAAGUCAUCGUCCACCCCACACCAACACCCGGAGCCAAUCGCCCACCACGGGCGCCUCCAUGUCCACCACCACCGACGGCGCGGCGAGCCCGGCCCUGGCGCCGGACGCGGACGCCCCCGCCGGCGAGGGCCUGGCGCUGGCGCAGUUCGCGGCGGGGUGCUUCUGGAGCGUGGAGCUGGUGUACCAGCGCCUCCCCGGCGUGGCGCGCACGGAAGUGGGCUUCUCGCAGGGCCACCGCCACGCGCCCACCUACCGCGACGUCUGCGGCGGCGGCACGGGGCACGCCGAGGUGGUGCGCGUGCACUACGACCCCGGCGCCUGCCCCUACGCCGUCCUCCUCGACGUCUUCUGGGCCAAGCACAACCCCACCACCCGCAACAGACAGGGCAACGACGUCGGGACGCAGUACAGGUCGGGCAUCUACUACUACACGGCGGAGCAGGAGAAGCUGGCGCGGGAGUCGCUGGCGGAGAAGCAGAAGGAGUGGAAGGACACCAUCGUCACCGAGAUCCUGCCGGCGCGCCGGUUCUACCCGGCCGAGGACUACCACCAGCAGUACCUGGAGAAGGGCGGCCAGUCCGCCAAGAAGGGAUGCGGCGACCCCAUCCGCUGCUACGGGUGAAGAAAGCCAUGUGUGACGGCCGUGCUGAAUUGUAUCACCAGGGACGACUGAAAGUACUGCGCUGUGAUUUGUGUUUGUAUCAGUACGUGGACAUGGACGUGUUGGAAACUUGGAAUAACACAUGAAUUGCAAAAGGUCACGGUUAAGUACACUGAUGUUAUUUUUUCAUCAUAAAAAAAAGAAGUAGACUGAUGAUAUCGAUCAGCAGGAGUUAGAUGUUUCCUCA